AUGCAGACCACAGACUUUGAUAAUCUGGAAAUUGAACAGCAGUAUACCUGUGUGAACUCUCGCUGGGAAGCCACUGAAGAUGACCUGGACAAUGACAACAGCUCUGCUCGUAUGUUUGAGCGAUCAAGGAUUAAAGCCCUUGCAGAUGAACGUGAAGCUGUACAAAAAAAGACGUUUACAAAAUGGGUGAACUCACAUCUUGCUUUUGUGAGCUGUCGGAUUUCAGAUCUCUACUUGGACCUAAGAGAUGGAAGGAUGCUGAUAAAAUUACUUGAAGUACUCUCGGGGGAACAGUUGCCGAGAAGGACGAAAGGAAGAAUGAGAAUUCACUGUCUGGAAAACGUAGACAAAGCCCUCCAUUUCCUCAAGGAGCAGAGAGUUCAUCUUGAAAACAUCGGUCCCCAUGACAUUGUUAAUGGUAACCACAGGUUAAUACUGGGGCUCAUCUGGACCAUCAUAUUACGUUUCCAGAUGCAAGACAUUAUUGUAGAGGCAAAAGGUAGUGAAACUCGCUCUGCUAAAGAUGCUUUGCUGCUCUGGUGUCAAAUGAAGACAGCUGGAUAUCCAAAUGUGAAUGUCACCAACUUUACAUCCAGCUGGAAAGAUGGCUUAGCUUUCAAUGCUCUCAUUCACAAACACAGGCCAGAUCUCAUCAAUUUUGAAAAGCUGAAGAAAUCAAAUGCUAAAUAUAAUCUAGAAAAUGCCUUUACUGUAGCUGACAGACAGCUUGGUAUAACGCAGCUGCUUGAU